CGGUGGCCAUAAUCUUAUUUUUUUCGUUUGUGCUUCUUGAAGGUGGACGGCACGGAACAAGCUGGCUGUCAUCGGAGUCGUGGCCGUUCUUGGCAUAAUCAGCUUUCUCCUGGUGACGGGCGCACUCGUGACGGGAAAUUGGCCUGCGGAGACAGAAGCGGCGACGGUAUUGGUCAGUGCCAGGCGUUCGGCGGAAGACAAUAGCGAGGCGUCGUCUCAAACGAGGACGGCCACUAUUAGGUCUAGACGGCGCCCGACGCGCGCGGCCAAGAAAGUGACCAGGAUGAAGGGAAAGCCAACUCCGCAGGCCAGUAACAAACGCAAGCGUACUACGACAAGCACUACCAGUGUUCCAACUACCACCACGACGACGGCUACCACCAACACCCCGGCCACUGCCGUUACUAAGACCACCGAGACAAAAUGCGAAAGCACCGCGACACCGUCCGAGGAAGAAAUGCCGUCUGCUGUCACGAGAUCCAUCCGCACGACAACGGCGACUGCGUGGGUGCGACGUGUGGUACCGCAGAACGACGGCGACGAAGGAACUGUCAUUAUGAAUAGCUCGACCUCCGUUGCCACUAAGGGGACGCUGCGGCCAAGAUCCAGCACCCACGAGCAGUCUACACCGUCCCUGGCUUCAGCGGUAUCGUCUAUGCGCACUCUUAAAACGCAGGCCUCGUCCGUAACACCCAAGGCUUUCAAUGAGACGACCGAACACAACACGACACCGUGGACAACGUCGCCGGUGACUUCGCUUACACCAUUACCAUCGCCAUCGCCCACGCAAACGUCUGCGCCCCCGCCAACGGCAUCGCCCGCAUCAAUGUCCACAAAAUCACCCGAGCCAGUGCCGAAGUCGUCGCUGAAGUUAUCGCUGACGUCAUUGCCGCCAACCUCCGAGACGCCAUUGCUUCCUCAGAACCGUGUAACCUACUCGACCACAAACUCGGAGGACAGCCUGACUAUCAACGAUUUCCGUGACUAAUUGUGUGUUAUUUUAAGCUAUGUUUGUGUGCAGUGUCAUGUUUUCUUUGGCUCAAAAGUAAUUAGCAAAGAAUGUCUGCGCUUAUACUGAACAUGAUUACCGUGUCAGUGAUCGCACUGAGGAAUUUGAUAAACUACUUGGCACAGCAGGAACGC